AUGUUUUCCCGUGCUACUGCUGUUUUCAAAAUGUCCCAAAGAACUCUCAUUACCCCAGUCAAGACUGCUGCUGCUCCACCACCUGCUGCUUCUUACUCACAGGCGAUCAAGGUCAAUGGCUUUAUCUAUGUUUCCGGCCAAAUUCCGUACACCCCGGAAAACAAGCCAUUAUCGGAAAACCCAACAAUUGCUGAACAAGCCGAACAAGUGAUCCAGAAUGUUUCCAACAUUUUGGAGGCUUCUAACUCCUCGUUGAACCACAUUGUCAAGGCCAACAUUUUCUUGACCGACAUGAAGAAGCAAUUUGGUGAGUUCAACGGUGUGUACGCCAAAUACUUCAACGAACACAAGCCAGCUAGAUCCUGUGUUGCAGUCAAGGAAUUGCCAUUGGGCGUGGACUUAGAGAUGGAGGUUGUUGCUGUUGAAAAAGAUUCGAACAGAUUGUGA